GCGACCAAGGACCCGCCCAGGCCACUCUUUUAGGCAAGCGCGGGGCGGGCCCGGCCGGGGGCGGUGCCGCGCACAGGCUCCUAUAAGGAGCUGUCCGCCACCCCGGUGCUGAAUCCAGCUCUAACGCCGGAACGAGGUGCUUUUGGCUAUUGCUGGAGCUGAGUGCCCAGAGCUGCCCUCGAGUUUGGAUUUGAACCGUUAAGGAAGGAGAUCCGGAGGAAUAAGACGCAGAUGAGGAAGGCGAGCACAGAAAGGGGCAGUUGAAGGAACUAUAAACCUCCGUCGCAGCUCGCAGCUCCGAGGAAGCCCUGCCACUGUUUCGGUGGAGCGUCUGAGGAGCAGGAUGGAGUAAAGGAGAAGAGUGUCUGUUCAAGGGGGGUGGGAGGGGGUUCGGCGGUGCGGAGGAGAGAAAACAGAGACAGAAAGGAAAAAGAGAGAAAAGCCAAAGCUGUUGCCUGCGAAUUUGGAAUUCGAUUGGAAGAGAUCGUUCACUCGGGGAAAUGGAUUCUGUACCAAGACUGACCAGCGUUUUGACUUUGGUGCUCUCUGGCUUCUGGCAUUUAGGAUUAACAGCAACAAAUUACAACUGUGACGACCCAUUGGUCUCCUUCCUCUCACCAAUGGCUUUCUCCAGCUCCUCAGAUCUCACUGGAAGUUCCAGUCAGGCUCAAUUGAACUGGAGAAUGGGAACUGGUGGUUGGUCCCCAGCAGAUUCCAAUGCCCAACAGUGGCUCCAGAUGGACCUGGGCAGCAGAGUGGAGAUUACGGCAGUGGCCACGCAGGGAAGAUACGGGAGCUCUGACUGGGUGACAAGCUAUCGCCUGAUGUUCAGUGACACAGGCCACAACUGGCAGCAGUACAAGCAAGAAGACAGCGUCUGGACAUUUGCAGGAAACAUGAAUGCUGACAGUGUGGUGCACCACAAGCUGCUCCACUCUGUGAGAACCCGCUUUGUUCGCUUUGUGCCAUUGGAGUGGAAUCCGAGUGGGAAGAUUGGCAUGAGAGUGGAGGUCUAUGGAUGCUCCUACAAAUCGGAUGUUGCUGACUUUGACGGCAGGAGCUCGCUUUUGUACAGGUUCAAUCAGAAGAUGAUGAGCACCCUCAAAGACGUGAUUUCCCUGAAGUUCAAGAGCAUGCAAGGAGAUGGGGUUCUGUUCCAUGGAGAAGGACAACGUGGAGACCAUAUUACCCUGGAGCUCCAGAAGGGCAGGCUAGCCCUGUACCUGAACCUGGAUGACAGCAAAGCCCGACUCAGCAGCAUCGCGCCCUCUGCCGUGCUGGGUAGCCUGCUGGAUGACCAGCACUGGCACUCGGUUCUCCUGGAGCGCGUGGGCAAGCAGGCGAACUUCACUGUGGACACGAACACGCAACACUUCCGGACCAAGGGGGAGACCGAUGUCCUGGAUAUCGACUAUGAGCUCAGUUUUGGAGGAAUUCCAGUGCCAAGCAAACCUGGGACCUUUUUAAAGAAAAACUUCCAUGGCUGUAUUGAAAACCUCUACUACAAUGGAGUGAACAUAAUCGACUUGGCCAAAAGACGCAAACACCAAAUCUACUCUGUGGGCAAUGUCACUUUUUCCUGCUCAGAACCACAGAUAGUCCCCGUCACAUUUGUCAACUCCAGAAGCAGUUAUUUGCUGCUGCCCGGCACCCCCCAGAUUGAUGGACUGUCAGUGAGUUUCCAGUUUCGAACAUGGAACAGGGAUGGUCUGCUUCUGUCCACAGAGCUCUCUGAAGGCUCAGGGACCCUGAUGCUCAUGCUGGAGGGUGGGACUCUGAGGCUCCUGAUUAAGAAAGAGGCAGGACAUGGAACUGAAAUCCUUACAGGCAGUGACUUGAAUGAUGGCCUGUGGCACUCAGUCAGCAUCAAUGCCAGGAGAAACCGUGUCACCCUCACACUGGAUAAUGAUGCUGCUUCCCCGGCUGCAGACACCUCCCAGCUGCAAAUUUACUCUGGAAAUAGUUACUACUUUGGAGGGUGCCCCGACAAUCUCACCGAUUCCCAAUGCUUAAAUCCCAUUAAGGCUUUCCAAGGCUGCAUGAGGCUCAUCUUUAUUGAUAACCAGCCCAAGGACCUCAUUUCAGUUCAGCAAGGUUCCCUGGGGAAUUUUAGUGAUUUACACAUUGAUCUGUGUAGCAUCAAAGACAGGUGUUUGCCAAACUACUGUGAACAUGGAGGACGCUGUGCCCAAUCCUGGACUACCUUCGACUGCAACUGUAGUGAAACUGGUUACACGGGCGCCACCUGCCAUGACUCCAUCUAUGAGCAGUCCUGUGAGGUGUACAGACACCGAGGGAAUAAAGCUGGCUUCUUCUAUGUUGAUUCUGAUGGCAGCGGGCCGCUGGGACCUCUCCAGGUGUACUGCAAUAUCACUGAGGACAAGAUCUGGAUGAUGGUUCAGCAUGACAACACAGAACUGACUCGGGUACAGGGUUCCAACCCUGAGAAGCCUUAUACCAUGACCUUAAACUAUGGGGGCAGUAUGGAGCAGCUGGAGGCUCUGAUUGAUGGCUCAGAGCACUGUGAACAGGAGGUGGCAUAUCACUGCAGGAGAUCUCGCCUGCUUAACACACCAGAUGGAGCCCCAUUCACCUGGUGGAUUGGGAGAUCCAAUGAAAGACACCCUUACUGGGGAGGUUCUGUUCCUGGAGUCCAGCAGUGUGGGUGUGGCCUAGAGGAGAGCUGCCUGGAUGUUCGCCACUUUUGCAAUUGUGAUGCAGACACAGAUGAAUGGACAAAGGAUACUGGUUUUCUUACCUUCAAAGAUCACUUGCCUGUAACUCAGAUAAUUAUCACUGAUACCAACAGAUCAAACUCAGAAGCCGCUUGGAGAAUUGGCCCUUUACGUUGCUAUGGUGACCGACACUACUGGAAUGCCGUUGCCUUUUCUACUGAAGCUUCUUACCUCCACUUUCCUACCUUCCAUGCGGAAUUCAGCGCUGACAUUUCCUUCUUUUUUAAAACCACCGCUUUAUCUGGAGUUUUCCUAGAGAACCUUGGCAUGAAAGACUUCAUCCGACUUGAAAUGAGCUCUGCUUCUGAGGUCACAUUCGCCAUUGAUGUUGGGAAUGGCCCUGUCGAGCUCCUUGUCCAGUCUCCUUCUCCUCUGAAUGACAACCAAUGGCAUUUUAUCCGGGCUGAGAGGAACCUCAAGGAGACCUCCCUGCAGGUGGAUAACCUUCUACGGAGUACAAGGGAGACCUCAGAGGAAGGCCAUUUCCGACUUCAGCUGAAUAGUCAGUUGUUUGUAGGAGGGACAGCGUCAAGACAAAAAGGGUUUCUUGGAUGUAUCCGCUCUUUACACUUGAAUGGGCAGAAAGUAGACCUGGAAGAGAGGGCAAAGGUCACGUCUGGAGUCAGACCUGGCUGCCCAGGUCACUGCAGCAGCUAUGGAAGCAACUGCCACAAUGGGGGCAAGUGUGUGGAAAAGCACAGUGGCUACUCCUGUGACUGCACCAACUCACCAUAUGAAGGGCCUUUCUGUCAGAAAGAGAUUUCAGCUCUUUUUGAUUCUGGCAGCUCAGUUACAUACAUGUUUCAAGAACCAUACCCGGUGACCAAGAACACAAGCCUCUCGUCUUCAGCUAUCUACACAGAUACAGCCCCAUCCAAGGAAACCAUCACACUGAGCUUUGUGACAGCAUGGGCCCCCAGCCUCUUGCUCUUCCUCAAUUCCUCUUCUCAGGAUUUUCUGGCUAUUCUGCUCUGCAAGAAUGGAAGUUUACAAGUUCGCUAUCGGCUAAACAAGGAAGAAAGUCAUGUGUUCACCAUCAGCACAGAGAACUUGGCCAACAGAAGGGUGCAUCAGGUGAAGAUUAGCCGAGAGGGGCCAGAGCUUUCCAUUCAGGUGGACCAGCAACUCUUCAGCUAUAACUUCUCCCCAGAAGCUGAGUUCAGGACAGCAAGGUCACUUACUCUAGGCAAAGUCACAGAGCCUCUUGGGUUGGAUCCAGAAGUUGCUAAAGCAAACACCUUGGGUUUUGUUGGAUGCCUUUCUUCAGUCCAAUACAACCACAUAGCCCCAUUGAAGGCAGCCCUCCGCCAUGCCAGCAUUGCACCUGUGACUGUCCAAGGGACCUUGACAGAAUCCAACUGUGGCUCCAUGGUGGACUCUGAUAUGAAGGCAGUGACCACUGUGCAUUCUUCAUCAGAUCCCUUUGGAAAGACAGAUGAGCGUGAACCACUCACAAAUGCAGUCCGGAGUGACUCCGCAGUCAUUGGAGGUGUCAUAGCAGUGGUGACGUUUAUCACCUUUUGUAUCAUCGGCAUCAUGACCCGCUUCCUCUAUCAGCAUAAGCAGUCACACCGCACCAAUCAGAUGAAGGAGAAGGAAUACCCAGAGAACUUGGACAGUUCCUUUAGAAAUGACAUUGACUUGCAAAACACAACCAGCGAGUGCAAACGGGAAUACUUCAUCUGAGAUGCCACAGGGUCACCUGGUCCUCUAUUUUUGUGGGUCCCCCCCACUUAUUUUCUCUUCUCUUUCCUGUCUUUUAAUUUAGGUAUUCUCUUUCUCUCUUUCGCCAUUAAUUUUUCUGGAACACACCUGCAUCCACCGAGAGCAUUGAUCUCCUUCACCCAGCUCAGGAGAUCAGGUAGCUGUAGCUACUGUAGUCCACUGAUAUAGGCAUCAUUGUGAAAGUGAGCACUGGAGACACAGAUUUCACUGCUGUCAACAGGGAAGAACACGUGUGUACAUGUGCAUAUUUGAUGUUUGUGGUUGAGUUUUUAAACUUCACUCUGCAGUUUCUCAGGCACUUGGUCUUGCCAGCUCCCUUUAGACUGGAGUUCUGCGGUGUUGGCCUUUAACAAUUGUCUCCAACACGCUGCCCCAUACCAUAUGGUAGGCGCUAUGGCCUGAGAGGAGAAAAGUGGUAGGUGUGUGUGUGUGUGACAGAGACAGACAGAGUCAGGUCAUCCUUUAAGCAAAGAGUCUAUUAGGGAGCCCAAUAGAGCAGGAGGGAAUGAAGUAAAUCCACCCAGAGAAAGCAAUGUUUGUUCUUUUUAGGUCCUUGUGAUAGGGUAGAGAGGUUGGGAGACAUUAUGACACAAAAGAAAUUCUUCUAAAGCAGACAUCAUCUAACCAGUCUUAGAGACAUUUAUUAUUUAUUUUUUAUUUUGCUUGUUUUUUCGUUCUGUUUUUUUUUUUUUUUUUUUUUUUUUUUUUUGUGGCUGAAACAGGUAUUUGUAAAGUAGCCAGGACAUUCUUUCCUAAGACACCAAUUAAAGAGCAAUGAGCUGAGUGAGUGUGAGACCCCUGGCAAGGCCACAGUCAUAUGUCCUGUCUUUAGUUCUCCAUUUACGACUUAAAUAUCUGGAAAAAUCUGACUCCAUGUGGGCACAGGGAAACUUGGCUCCCUUGAGAGCUGUGGAGAGAGAGGGUCUAUGUCUGUCUGAUGUGGGAGCCCUUCAUAACACCUGUGAAAACAAAGGGACUGUACUUAGAGAGCCUAGGUUAUAAGAACACCCAGCUGGGGGACCCAGAGCAGAAGGAGACUCUUCUGGCCUGUUUGUUUUGGUAGCAUUUUGCAAGCAAGCAGAGACAUCUGUGUUAGUUUAAUGUUGACACCAUAAGUAUCCACCGACUCCAUUCAUCACCCUUUCCAUAGAGUUUCAGUACUUUCCAAUAUGGAAUAACUGAGCAUUUACUGAGUUAUCUAUGGAAUAGCGAGCAGUUACUUUGUGCCUCUCUUGCUGUUCUGGUUUGAGUCAUGGAUUCAGUACCCUGAAACCAGGAAGCGUCAAGAAAGCUGUGAGGAAGUAGCUGCUCCCAGAACUUUACAACUGCCUUCUCUACUUUACUAGAACAUGUUAGCUGGGUUAUUCCUAAGAUUGCUAUAUUGAAGAAAAAAUAUACAUGUGUCUGUAUUGUGGCAGCACAAACAGAAUUCAAAUAAAAGUCUAAAUUGGUUCCAUGAAAAAUGUUUAGGCCCUCUUAGCUCAUGGUGGAGGAGAACUGAGAAAAAAAAAAAAACAUAAGGAAAAGAGGGGCAAGAAAGGUGAGAAAUAUCCGGCUGAUUAAUCCCCAUCCAUCCACUCCAGUAAAAACAGAAUGUGCAGGGAAGCAGGAGUCACAUUCUAGAACACAUGUUACUAGUUCAUUGACAACAGAGCUCUUUUCCACAAGGCAAGAGCCUGGCUUUUGUGUGUGACAGUGUGGCCACCUCUAGCUCAGGGGAUUUGAGGGAAGCCCUUAGUUUCUGAAUCACAUCACAUUUCCGAGUCUGCACCCAUGUACACAAAGUUGCCUGUGCACUCACCUUCCUUGCCUAAAUAAGGUAGUAAUGCAUCAGGCUUGGUGUUCUUUUGGUAGAAAAGCAUAUAGUUAAUUCAAAAAGGCAUCUCAAAUUUAUCCAUGGUGUGUAAUCCUUAUCAUUUUUUAACUCUGCCAUUGGAUCACCGUGGAAUAAAGACAAGGGAAAAACAACCACCCAAACACUUUAGGACUUAGGAAAUGCUAGAAGAUCCUUUUCAGUUCUCUUUGGAGGGCAGACCUGAUUUGCAAAGCAGUUGCCCUGACAGUCAGUAGGUCAUCCAUCUUAGAGAGUGUCCUACUUCUGAUUGUUCAGCAUUUCCCUGGACAAGAGGUACACAGUGAAGCCCUCACUGGCUUCAUCCAGGUUCCCAUCUGGACCUUUUCUUCCCUUGCAGAGCUACAGAGGUAAGGAUUGGGUGAGGCAUCACAAUCCACAACUCUGAGAUAUUGUCCUAAAUACAAGUUCUUUCCUUAAAAUUUUCUAUGAAUUCUUACACACCCUUUUCCUCUUUUAGGAUAUUGCUAUCCUUUUGCUAGUGAAUUUAUUUUAAAGCAAUUAUAACAAAGAUGUCCUUUUUAAUUUUUCUAUCUUUAAUAUGACAUAUAAUCAUCUAAUAAAAUGAGAGGUACUGAAAGUCUAUUUCCCUAUUCCCUUCAUUCCCUGUUCUCCAAUUUCUACUUUUGGAUUUUCUGGCUCUAUAAAUGUUGUAUAAAUCACCCUUUUGCUUGGCUGCAUAUUUCCCUGCCUCCAGAAAUGAAAGUCAUGCUGAAAUUUAGCCCUAAGCACCUCUAGUAACAAAACAACAGGUAAGGGAGAGUAACCAUGUCGGAACACUUUCUAACUGGAAUCCUCAGAAGCACGCGCCAUAUUUUUCUGGCAUGAUGUGAUUGGAUAAACAUGGAAGUACAAGACAAAUCAGUAUGUAUGGUUCCCUCAUCCACAAAUAUGUACUUAGAGAUAAUCAUGUAGGGAAAUGUGUGAUGCCAGUCUCUGCCCUCUGCAUAGCACACACUGGCUUCAUCCCUGGAUGUGCAGGCCAUGCAUACCAGGACACUGGGCAUGUAGACCAAAUGGUGGAUGCAUGCCGAGAUGGUGUAUUUUCAUAAGUAGUCUCAGGGCAAAAUCAGAAUUUCUUCAUAACCCCAUAACACACACCAGGUGGAAAAUCUAGCACUCUACAUUCUACUAUGCUGAAUGCACAUCACAGCUAGAAGCAGGAGUAUGUUUCAGGGUUGGUGGCAAUAUCUGUUUGGUUUAUGUAGUUUUUCAGUUGUCUUUUCCACUUUCAAACAAUUACAACCUAAAACAAGAGUAAGAGUGUUCUAAUCCUCCUUUAGCUGCCACUUCCCUUGAUGGGAUACAGGUUUUGUGAUGCCUCCCAGUAUAUAAUUAUAUACUACUCAGUCAUUGAUGCCUGCUGUUGACAAAAAUAAUUUGUGGAAUAUGGGCCUUUACAGUAAGACCAAAAACACCUGUGUAAUAUCCCAUCCUAAGGUGCUGUUCCAUUGAUAUUAUUCCACUGAACAAAUCUAUUAAUGUAAGCAACGGUAUGGUUUCUUACCCUAAAAGACUUUUAGCAACAGUUGUGAUAUUCAGUUCAUGCAUAGGGUAGACUGCUGUGGUUUCUCCAAGAAUUAGGCCAGGAAAAUAGAUAUUUGUCAUUUUCUGGAUGUCUAUUUCAUAAAUAGAUUAGCUCAUGUUCAUCUGAAGAACUCUGGAGCUGAUAUUUUACAACUUUGUUUUCUUUAGAAAUCAGAAGUGGCACUAUCUCAAAUCUCAACUUUUGUCAGAAUCCUGACUGCCAUAUCAUAGGAGAAGCAGGACCACAACUAAAUGAGUAUGCAGUUCUCUUUCCCGUAUUCAGUCACAAGACAUAUGUAAAACAUCUGACUCCCAAGUGUUGUUAGAUAUACAAAUAUUUACUGUCCCUGAGGACUUAAAGUGCAAUCUUACAGCAACAAAAGUGCACACAGCACAAGGGAGCAGAGAGCAAGGACUAGGCACAGAUAAUUUGCAAACCACUUUCCAGAGAGUUCUAAAAGCCAACACAUUUUUGGGCAAUUCUUAUAAUUUUGUGUCUUAUUUAUUAAUUCUAACAGAAAUGAUUGCUUUUUUUGUCUUCCUCAAACAAGGUAACUGAUCAUGCAGAUGAACUUCUGUAGAGGGUGGUAAAUGGGCUCUUUGGACAGAGAAAGAAUAAAGGUCCCUGUAUCUGAUACACUUUCUUUAAAGAGGGUUUACUUGGUAGCCCUGGAAGGUCUGAGACUCUCUAUUGUAAACUCACAGAGAACCACCUAAUUCUGCCAAAGUGUGGACCACCAUCCUGCCUAUGUCAGAUAUUUGAAAGGGUGCUAAGUUCUCUAUGUUCUCAUGUCAGUUCCAGUUAAGACUUUCCACAUAUAUGCCCUCUGUAUAUGGCAGACCUGUGUAAAGACUGGAGACAGAAAAGAGCAGUCUCCAAUUCUGCCCCCCUCUGAUUUCACUUUUUUGGUGGAUAUUCACUUAUGGCCAUGGCUCUUUUAGGUCUGCCUUAAGCUGGUUGGUAUUCCGCCAUUUUUAACACUCCUCAUUCUGCCCUAAAGAACCAUUUGACUAUGUUUAGGUAAAUCUCUGGGAACUAGAAAUUAUUUAUUGAGUGAAUAAUUUAUUGAUGUGUUUUCCAUCUAAAUGAGGUCAAACUUCUGUGUUCUACAUGAAUGUUUCCAAACCUGAAGAUCAUGCAUGCUCUCUCUCUGCACAAUAUCACCUCAAUUAGAAGACUCACAUUAAGAAGUUGUUUCAUAACAUCCACGUGGUAUCCAUGGACUUGGGCACCAAGCCUGGGGAACUCAUGCUUGGUUUGUUUGUCUACCAACUGCUUCACUUCUUUUGAAUUCCCUAGAGCUACAAUCGUCAACCUUGCUGCACCAGCAGUCUGGCAAGAGGCUCUUGAGGCACCUCUAUAAUUCUGCCACUCAUUAAUUCCUGAAGCAAUUGUUUGGGUUUGUUUUGUCCUCAACUGACCCAGAGGCCAAGUUUCAACUAAAUAAAUAAAGAAGCGAUGUUGUACCUGUAAGUGGCAAAGGAGGUUAAUGGAAGGAUGGUAUGGGCAAACUCAAACAUGCUUGAGUUCUUGAAGCAUGCCUGAGUGCUGUUUCAUGUCUCUCAUGCAGGUUGGAAAUGUUUUCUUUAAAAGAUGCACAGUGUAUCUGAAUCACUUCUUUACCAGUUUGGGGGGGCUUUCUUCACCUCUCUUCUGGCCUUACCCAGUCUUCCUGUAGUCAUUUAUUUUGAAAAUGUUAGUUGUUAUUCUUUCUCAGCUUUGUGUUCACAAAUUCUAACCUAAAAGGGGAGAAGAUAACACACACACACACACACACACACACACACACACACACACACACACACACACACACGAGUAAAAAUGAAUAGGGCUGUUCUUCAAACAUUAUCCAGGAAACUAUAUAACUAUAUGCAUACCUACUUUGUAGGAAGAGAAAGUAUGACCACUUUGUGUUGGAAAUUCUUUAAAUGACUUAUACAGGGUUCUAAUGAUUGUUUUGCUAUUUUUUAGUAAUUUCAACCCUCUUAUUUUGCACUAAGGUACUUGGGGGAGAGUGAGAAGCACGUGUAGUAGUGAAACAGUGUACUUUGUGAGCUAGUCCUCUGUCAUUUGUGAAGUUUAUUGUCUACAAAGUGGUGAAGUGGACACAAGCAGCUUAGGUAACAGUGGGCUUUUGUGUUAAACCAGAUUUGAUGGGAGCUUGUCAAGGAGGAAGAGGGUAUUCAUGGAGCAAGCAAUGGCUGCUGGAGGCUAAAAGGGCCAGAGCUUCCACCAUGAAGUAAGGAUGGCUCCUCUCCCCACUUUCCUGGCUCCUAACUCAGGAGUCUCUUUCAUGAAUUUGUCUUAUACCUUAGGAAGAGGCAAUAUUACAGGCCCUGCAUGAGAAAUGUGUUACUCAUCUUUACACGGCAUUUUCACCCUACCCCUGUGGUUUUCAAGUUUUAUGUUUCACUAAUACAGUCCAGGGAUGCUUUGGAAUUAUCACCACAGUGAUUUUAAUCUGCCCAGGGGGAGCACCCAGAUGACAGUUUAAAGUAAAAUAAACUACGGACAAGAUCCUCAGGUCCAUUGCCCUUAUUCAGAUAUGUUGUGGAUGGAAGUCCUAAAAUAUUGGAGUCAGUCUAGUGGUCUUUCUUUUCCCUCCCGUGGUCUUACCAUCCAUUGGCAUGUCAUAAUGAUGGAAAGGCAUGGUGCUUUCUAUCACCCACAGAGUACACUUCAGAAAGCCACCACCUGAUACUCUGAGAACACGCUUCCCUUGCUGCCACUCAGCACAGAAGUAAACCUUGCAUCAAAUAGCAGGUUAAAAUUAGGAGGCUAGUCCCAAGUUAUGAAAAAGGUAAUGUGUGGCAGUGAUUAAAGCCUGGUCUUAUUUUCAUUAGCAUUAGACUAUGCCAUGCUUCAGAUUCCAGCAGUAAAUCUCAGAAGACAUGAAAAGGCACUGGGUGUGCAGAACAGGCCUUCUGUCACCCUGAAGACCCUUGAAUGGCCUCCCCAGAUGGAGUCAUUUUCAUUACAACCUUACAGGAAAAUGGGAAUGGACCUCUGACUAGGUAUACUUUCACAUUAUAGUCAGCCAUAUCCCAAAGGACGUAUAGGAAGUAGCUUAAUCUCUUCUCUUUGAACGGCAGCAGCCACCAGUGUAACCUUGUCCUGCCUUAAAUAUUCUUGCAAAAAAAGUAAGUAAUCACACCUUGCUUAAAACAGUGUAGUUAUAUUAUGAGAAGGACUUCAUAUUUGGUGAGGAUCAAUGUCAAUAAUUUUCUCCUUACCUUGUUAAUAGACAGGCAUUCCAAUAGCCUAUGUUGUCUUAAACAGGCACUUCCCACAGACAGCUAGACUAUGGCAAGAAGAUAAAACAUAGGCAAAUGAAGACACAUGACACAUUCUAAUUAUAUCCUAUAAAACAGUCGACAAUUCACAUUUGGUUCAUGGGAUUCCUAAAUCCCUAAGGCAAAGAAUUACCCUGUCCAUUUCAACCUAGAAAUUAGAACCUAUCUGGCACUUUCUUGGAAAAAUGAGAGGUCAGGGAGUUUGCCUUUAGCAAAUAAUUAACAAAGUAUAAAAGGACCUCUCCUAAUUUUAUGUAUAUAUAUAUAUAUAUAAUGUAAUAUAUAUUUAUAUAUAUAUAUAUCAUUCUUAUAUAGAUAUAUGAAUGAUAUAUACAGGCUUUCUUUGAAAAAAGCACAACAGAGGCAAAGCAGACCAUAUCCUCGGGGAUUAGCUAGAGACUCCUUGUUUCUUUGGUUAUUAUAGUUUUUGUUCCUGUGUCAGAAUCCCAAGUUCCAUGUAAUGUUGCCUCAUCUCAAGUCUGUUUUGUAUACCAUGUAACAUGUCUUAAUACACUGUAUGGAGAAAGUUAAAGUUAGCCUUAGAUUUCUUUGUUUUCUAUGGUUUUUGCUGUACAGAAGAAUGACUUACCUGUAAAUAUUGUAUAUUUAAUAAAGAAAGAAUUUUGUAUCA